ACGAAUCUCUUCGCUGCUUCGGUUAUUUCUAUUGCAGCUAACAAUUGAGGUGGUCUUGCAGUGAUCACAGUGUUUCUGUUUCGCCCAUCGUUCCAAUAAACAAACAAAAGAAAUGGGGAGCUUCUUUUCACACCCUGCCGGGGUUGAGGCCAUCAAGAAGAAUCAGGAGUACAUUUCCGAGAUGAACAAGAUCAAGAUGGAACGCUGGAUACAGAUGCACUAUCAAAUGAAGGAACGCGAAACGGCCAUGCAGAUCUCGAAGGCUCGCGAGUUGUUCUACUGGCUUGCUUCCUUCUACGGCGUCUCGACGCUCGGUCUCGUGAGUCGUUUCCGUGCCACCAAACGGCCUGGAACACUGGCACCGAUUGUGCCACUGUCGUUCAUCGUUGCGUACUAUGCCGAUUUGGCGUACGGAACCAAGAUACAUCGAAUACAGGCGGAAGCCGAGAUGAUUAUGCACAAUGAACCGGAGCUGCUAGAGUGGCCAAGUGGAUUGCCGACGGUGUCGGAGAUUGAUUCGGCGCGACUCGAAAUCGAUGACAAAAUACGUUUGCAUCCGCACCAGUUAUAAGGGCCAAGCGGUAAUGAUACACAAGGAGAGGUUUUUACGGAUGACGGAUAAGCAGUAUUAUGUUGAAAGCGUAACAUUAACACAGUGAGACCAAAACCCUAGUGGCCCUAGAUACGUUCGUAAGUAGUUUAGACAUUCACGAGUCCAUCCGCUUUACGGAGCACCGUGCGGAUAAGGUGAAUUACUGACUGCACAAAACCCAGUAGCGAUUUUACGGUAGGCAACAACGGGGUUUCCAGGUUUUAAAUACUCCCAAGUAAACAGGUAACAGUGUGUUUCGAAGACGACACUGUACAAGGAAACGGCUUUCAAAAAUCUUGCCACUUUACAGAUUCCCGGUUCCACUGCACUCUCAGCAAAUGCUCCUACUCCACGUUCUCGGUGUUCUUGUUUCCAGCAAUUGUAAUCAAUAUCAUAAACGUACGUAUCACACAUUCAAUACGAUUUUCCCAGGUUUGCAUCGAGCGCAAAACCCUUCGGGUCCUUUUACUAUUCCUACCACAAGCCGGGAGGCGUUAACGUAAACGAUAACAAUAACCGAUAAGUGCAUUUACUCUCUUCGUGUGUGAAAAAGAAAACGCCCAAAUCGUGUUGCAAGCGAAAGCGUGUUGCACAUUCGAUUCGAUAAUAAUGUUCUAACCAAAACGACGGAUAACAAAAUGCCUUUAAAAAGUAAAGUAAAGUGCGUAAAGAGUGUCGCAGAUUAACAAUGGAUAACACCGCACAUACCGCGGUUUCCAGCGCCGUGUUUUG